AUGGCAAAAUUCAACGUUGAUCGGGUAUUUCGCUACCUGAUGGAAGGAAACAUAAACGCAGCGCACAGUACGCUAGCAGAAGUUGAAGACUUAUCUUCAGAUGAAAAACAAGAAGCUUUGGAUCUUGCCCUGAUCCGAGCAUCUAAGUUUGGUGAUGCCGAAAUUGUAAAAGCAAUGAUUGGAAGCGGGGCAAACGUUAAAGCAGAAGACUUCGAUAAGCGAGCCCCGUUGUAUUGGGCUUCGGAAAACGGCUACCUUGACGUUGUGAAGGUUCUGGUUGACAAAGGAGCCUGUUUGGACGCUAUAGACCUUCAUGCGGUAUGUUGA